CCCCUCAGGUCAUCGCAAUUAAGAUGUCGGUCUAUGCGCAAUAGUGUCUAUAAAUGUUUACAUAAGUAUCGUUCUCGUUCUACUAUGCUUCCUAUUUUAGUCAAACGUUCUCAUCGUGCCCCUUCUGAAGAAACGCCUUGUGUCCCGUCUUGUGUAUCUACGUCAGAUUCAACUAGAUCCCCUGCACCCCUUGAAUUGUAUGAAGACCAUCCUCAAAAAAAAAAAAAAUUGUGUGAUUCUGUACAAAAUGAACAAGGCUCUUGUCUUGAUGAACAUGAAUUCCCAAUAUCCCCUAUGCAGCCUGAAUGGACUCAACAAUCUGAUCACGAGCAACAAGAAGGGGAUAAUAGCAGUGUAUCUAAUCACGGUGAUCCAGUAAAUAUUGAUACACCUUCAAAUUCUGUUUCAUCCUUCACUGCUAUUGAUUCUCGUCAGCUACGCCCGGUCCAAUCAAGCUUUCUUCGCCGUCCGUUAAACAAUUCCUCUGGAACUUUUUCGGUUCAACCAAGCAUUCCUUCUUCGAAAUUGUUUUCUCCCACAGUUUCUUCUUCCACAUGCAGACCAACUUCUACAACAUCGCCUCCUAGUCUUACCAAUACUGCACAAAGCAAUGAGCAUUCGAGCUGUCGAGCUGAUCGUGCCAAUUCAAGGCCUUCGUUGGUUAAUCGCCCCCCUUCAUCUUCUCCCACCAUACACGAUCUGAUAAAAAAUAAUCUGGUCGGUCGUUCUACUAAAGCCGCUGAGUCUCGGCAAAGAAAGAAAUACGAACGUUCUCGUCUUGAAACUCCUUCUACACCUUCUUCUCACCUUCCUCCUGUCACAUCUACUUCAAGAAGAACAUUUUCCCAAGUUCCAUCCACAACUUCAAGAAACCUCAUUUCAUUCGAUACAACUACACCUUGUAAUGUUCCCUUCAUAUCUUCAGACUCUGGUGAUAAUCAGCUGUCAUCUUCAGUGGAUACUUGUCAAAAUUUUAAUACUCUAACUUCUGUACUACCUGAUUCUAAUUCUGCUAUAGCAGGUAACACCUCUACCUAUUCAUCUUCCUUAUACUCUCAACGGACUUCUGCCGAGCCGUCUGGUAGUAGCUCCUUUCAAGAUAACAAUUCGACUCACAUGUACAGUACUUUUUCUCAUUCAUCUUCCGCCAUCUUUCCGGCGGAAUCUCAGCUGCAUGAAAACGGUAGCAUUCUACAUCACUCUACUGCAUCUAGUACUCUGCGAGGGACUAGCACGGGUGAAAGUUUAUCGACUCGACUCUCUCCCGCAAGUUCAGGCCGUUUUACACCCAUGAAUAGCCCUUCUGAAAGCAGCACUGACUUAGCACCUUCAACUGGCUCUCAUUAUUUCACGCCUCGUGUACAGAUUGUCGAUGGGAAGAUAGUAGUAGACCAAGACAGUCUGACAAUACCGCAGCUAGAGCAAAAUACGGUCGAAAGAGUCGAAGUUCAUCAGCAACGCACUCAUAUUACCUCCGCGACGUAUCAGCGUCGUGCAAAAUCCGAGCGGUGGACGCCAGCUGAAAUCGAGCGUUUUUAUACGGCUAUUCGAAUGUGCGGUACUGAUUUUUCGAUGAUUGAAUUAUUUUUUCCCAAUCGAUCGCGGAGACACGUUCGUAAUCGGUACAAACGCGAAGAAAAAGAGCAUCCCGAAAGGAUCAUUAUGGCACUAAAAAACUCGCUGCCUCUUAAUGUUCAAGAACUCAAAAAAAUGGCUGGGUGGAACGGGAAGUUACCUUCCGGGUCUCCUGCUCAGGGGGGAUCGGAAACAGUACCUACAAACUCUAACCCUGAAAGCGGUCAGCUCUGAUGACAGAAGCUAAUUAAAAGGCUGAACUUUUUUUGAGAA